GAGAACGAGAACGAGAACGAGAAGAGCGAGGGACGGAGAGAGAGAUUGGUUGGGUUUAUGGUUUUUGGUUUUGGGUUUGGUUUUGGGGUGGGUUAAGAGAGAGAGAGAGGAGUCGUGACGGGAGAGCGAGAGAUAUGGCCGUGAAGUCAAACCCCGGGAGCUGACGGAGAUCUGGCGGUCGGCGGCCGGCGGAGAUCGGAACUCGGAUGGUAUUUCCCAUCGCCGGCGGCGGCGAGUGUCGGAGAUGGGCGGGGGCGGUUGGUAGGGAAGGCGGGGCCGCGGCAGCGGAGGAGUAGGAGUAAUAAAGGGGUUGUGGGGACGGCCAGUGGUGGUGGAGGAGGAGGGUUUGGGGUCGAGGACGAGUGGGGAGGAUGAGGAGGGGGAAGGGUAGGAACGGGCUGCUGCCCAACUCGCUGAGGAUCAUCUCCUCGUGCCUGAAGACGGUUUCGUCGAACGCCGGGUCGGUCGCGUCCACUGUCCGGUCGGCGGGGGCUUCCGUAGCGGCCUCGAUCGCCGUGCCCGCGGAGGAUGAGAAGGACCAGGUAACCCUGCCCUGGAGGAAACUUGUACAUCCAGUUAAGCAUAAGUCUUUUCAAUGAGGUCUUAUGGGCUGGCUUUGACAAGCUUGAAUUUGGUCCAUCUUCGUUCAAGCAUGUUUUACUUCUUGGGUAUUCCAAUGGAUUUCAAGUGCUUGAUGUUGAGGAUGCCUCUAAUGUCUGUGAACUGGUCUCUAAGCGUGAUGGCCCAGUCACAUUUUUACAGAUUCAGCCAAUUCCUGCUAAGUCUGAGGGCAGUGAAGGAUUUAGAGCAUCACAUCCUUUGCUAUUGGUUGUUGCUGGUGAUGAAACCAAUGGCUCAGGUAUGGUCCAAGGUGGUCGUCUGAGUGCUUUGAUCACAGAGAGCACUAGUGAGCCUCAGUCAGGAAAUUCUGUCCCCACUCCCACAGUUGUUCGGUUCUACUCACUAAAAUCUCACAAUUAUGUGCAUGUUUUGAGAUUUCGAUCUGCUGUAUAUAUUGUACGAUGCAGUCCUCGAAUCGUUGCUGUGGCUCUUGCUGCCCAGAUAUACUGCUUUGAUGCAGUUACUCUUGAGAAUAAGUUCAGCGUGCUGACUUAUCCAUUGCAAGGAGCAUCUGGGAUUAACAUUGGUUACGGUCCGAUGGCUGUUGGUCCAAGGUGGUUAGCUUAUGCUUCCAAUAAUCCUCUGUUGUCAAACACGGGGCGCCUCAGUCCCCAGAACCUUACUCCCUCUCCAGGUGUUAGCCCAUCAUCCUCACCUAGCAGCGGGAGCUUAGUUGCUCGCUAUGCAGUGGAGUCUGGUAAACAGUUGGCUGCUGGAAUACUCAACCUGGGGGAUAUGGGAUACAAAACGCUUUCAAGAUAUUGUCAAGAGCUGCUGCCUGAUGGUUCUAGUUCUCCCUUGUCGUCGAAUUCAAGGAGGGUUGGAAGACUUCCAGCAACAAUGCAUCAUAGUGAAGCUGAUAAUGCUGGAAUGGUUGUUGUCAAGGAUUUCAUUACAAAAGAAGUUAUUUCACAAUUCAGGGCUCAUACUAGUCCUAUAUCUGCUUUGUGUUUUGAUCCUAGUGGUACCCUUCUGGUUACAGCUUCUGUACAUGGGCAUAAUAUAAAUGUCUUCCGGAUUGUGCCAGCCUGCAGACCUAAUGCUUCUGGUUCUGGGCAUUAUGAUGGGACUUUGUCGCAUGUUCAUCUAUACAAGCUGUAUCGUGGACUUACGACUGCUGUCAUACAGGACAUCUGUUUUAGUCAUUAUAGUCAGUGGAUAGCGAUUGUUUCAUCCAGAGGAACCUGCCAUAUAUUUGUAUUAUCUCCAUUUGGCGGUGAUGCUAGUCUUCAACUGCAAAAUCCUCAUAGUGAUGAGCCAAUCCUUACUCCUAAUCUCACAUUGCCAUGGUGGUCAACUUCAUCGUGCACUACAGAUCAACAAUUUCAUCCACCUCCACCUCCUGUCACACUUUCUGUAGUUAGUAGGAUAAAAAAUGGUAAUUCUGGUUGGCUAAAUACGGUUAGCAAUGUUGCAGCUUCUGCAGCUGGAAAGAUAUCUGUACCAUCAGGUGCUCUUGCUGCUGUUUUCCACAAUUCUGUACACCAUGAUAGUCUACCAAUUCCCUCGAAGGCCAAUUCGCUGGAGCAUCUUUUGGUUUACUCUCCAUCUGGUCAUGUGAUUCAACAUGAACUUCUGCCAUAUUCGGGUGCAGAGUCAUCUGGUAGCAGCUCAAGAGUUGGAUCUGGUUCUCUUUUGCAACUUCAAGAUGAGGAGUUACAUGUAAAUGCUGAACCAGUUCAAUGGUGGGAUGUCAGCAGAAGAUCUAAUUGGCCUGAAAGAGAGGAAAACAUCCUUAGAGUUGUCUUCAACAACCAACAGAUUGCUGAGACAAUCAUGGAUACUUCUGAUUGUGAAGAUGAAGAAACUUUAUGUUCUAUGUCAUCCGCCAAUGGUAUAGCUGGUAGAGAGUCAGUAAAGAGUCAUGAAAGACCCAACUGGUACCUUUCCAAUGCUGAAGUGCAGAUUAGCUGUGUGAGAAUUCCAAUAUGGCAGACAUCUAAGAUUUGUUUUUAUGUGAUGGAUCCAUCAAGAGCUAGUGGAAGAUCUUUCGAAGAUGGUACUAAUGGAGAGAUUGAGAUUGAAAAGUUAGCCAUUCAUGAGGUUGAAAUGAAGAGAAAGGAUUUACUGCCUGUUUUCGAGCAAUUUCACUAUUCCCAAUCAGAUUGGAGUGAUAGGGUUCUUGCUGGAGGAAGAAGCGAAGCUUCGUCAUCAGAGACUGCCCAAGUUAGAGGUAAGUUCACCAAGGGUACCAUCACUAAUCACUCUAAGCCUUCAUCGAUUGCAUAUGGAUCAGAUAUUGGGUUAAGAACCACGGAAAAUUUGCUUGAUUUGGAUGGACACUGUAUGGCGGGGUCUUGUGAACCUCUUAUCUUGCAUUCGUUGGAGAAUGCUAUUCCUCCUGAGUCUAUUCAGUGUUCAACUUUAACGGUUCAUUGUGAGGUAGAUGAAAGUGUGGGUUCCAUGUCUGCAUCAUCCCAAAUUUGGCAGAUACCAAGAAAGUUUGCUGAUAAAGAUUGUGCGUCAUUUAAUUCUAAAUGCGUGAACAACUAUUCUCUUAUGGACGGCUCUAUUGUAAAUGGCUUAUCCACUACAGUAAGUAGCUUGUCAUGUGCUGGGAGACCAGUGAUUGCAGGCACUCGGUCUUCAAACACCGCUUUGACCAAUCAAGUCUCAAACACUUCUAUUACCAACAUCCACUCCGAACAGUCAGAAACUUCCAGUUCACAUAAUUCACUAGAGUUUACCCAAUUUUUCCAUGAAGGCUAUUGUAAAGUAUCAGAGCUCGAUGACUGCCGUGAGUUAACUGAAGCUGUUACAGAUGCAGACAGCAGCAGCAGCCACUGCGAGAGAGAAAAGCCCGAGGAAGAUGGGGACAAUGAUGAUAUGCUGGGAGGUGUAUUUGCCUUUAGCGAAGAAGGUUGAAUGCCACAUAGGCUAUUCCCCUAUAUAGAGAUGGAUGUAAUCUAAACUACCUCGACCAUUUUGAUCCAUCAUACUGUAGAAAAUGGUGGCUUCAUGGUAGGAAUGUUUCAUAAGGAAUAGAUGCCUUGUGGGGAGAAUCCACUUUUACCCUAUGGCACAUACUAAAAGGUAUGGAAUUGUAGGUUUAUGAAUCUCAGUUGUCCUUCAGUUCCAUCCUCGGCAUUUGAAUCAUGUUGUCAUGUAUGAUCCAAGGGCUACUGGAUGAACACGCAGUUCAGAGAAGUGGGUGACAUGCAAAUUGAGAGUCAUCUCAUCUGGAUCAUAUCUCUUUUCCACUCUUUUGUACAUUUUGUAGAUUAGAAUUUUAAGUCAUGAAGUAGUCCUUGGGCAUGGAAAAGUUUGGCACUCCUGGUUCAUUUCCCUGCCUAGAAGAUGGGAUUCUCAUAUUUAGCUGUACAGAAGUAACUACCGUUUAAAUGGCUUCCAGGGUUCAUUCAUAGUAUAUAUUUCUUCCUGCAGUCCGUGAAGUUGAUAUUAGUCUUGUAUUGUCUUGUAAAUUGAUCAUCUAGCUUUUGUUACUUUCAUCAAAAUACUGUAUCUGAAUUAUUUCUCAUUUUGUUAAUGGAGAUAAUGUAUCCAAGUGGUCUUUAUCUCCAGAAGGGCCUUUUGCCUUCAAUUGCAUUGAGAUUGUGUCUUCAAUACUGAUCUAAUAUAAUGAAGAAUAAGAAGAAAAGGCAUAUGUUUUUCA